AUGAUGGCAUCCAGAGCCCUGAGGGGGCGCAGCUCUCUUCUGCGGUCUGUUCCGUCUUCCGCUACCAGAGCUGCUGUUCCUCUCGAGGCCCGUCGCCGGUUCUCUUGCUCUACCCGCAAGAUGUCCUCUUUCUACUCAUCAUGGGAGCCUGAGGGUCCCUCGGUCAAGACUGAGAUCCCCGGCCCCAAGGCCAAAGCCGAGAUUGCCGAGCUCAACGAGGUGUUUGACACCCGCAGCUUGAACAUGCUGACGGACUACUACAAGAGCGCGGGUAACUACAUUGCCGACCCAGAUGGAAACAUCUUGCUGGAUGUCUACGCUCAAAUCGCCUCCAUCCCCGUAGGCUACAACAACCCGUCCCUCAUCAAAGCAGCCCAAUCCCCCCAAAUGAUCCAAGGCCUCAUCAACCGCCCCGCCCUAGGCAACUUCCCCCCUCACGACUGGGCCGACGUGCUCAAAGCAGGCAUCUUGAAAGUAGCCCCCAAAGGCCUCAACCAAGUCUUCACCGCCAUGGCAGGCUCCGACGCAAACGAGACCGCCUACAAGGCAGCGUUCAUGUACCGCCGCCAGCAAGAGCGCGGCGGCGCCCACGUCGAGUUCACAGAGGAGGAGAUCUCUUCCGCCAUGCUGAACCAAUCCCCCGGCGCCUCGCAGAACCUCUCCAUCUUGUCCUUCAAGACCGGUUUCCACGGCAGAUUGUUUGGGUCCCUCUCCACAACGAGAUCAAAACCAAUCCACAAGCUCGACAUCCCCGCCUUUGACUGGCCGCAGGCGACGUUUCCCAAGUUGAAGUACCCGCUUGAUCAGCACGUCAAGGAGAAUGAGGCGGCGGAGAAGGCCGCGCUGGAGGAGGUGGAGCACCUGAUCAAGAACUACCACGUCCCCCCUUGCGCGGUGGUGGUUGAACCGAUCCAGUCUGAAGGAGGGGAUAACCACGCCUCGCCUGCGUUUUUCCGCGGUUUGAGGGAGAUUACCAAGAGAAACAAUGUUUUGCUGAUUGUGGACGAAGUCCAGACUGGCGUGGGAGCAACGGGCAAGUUUUGGGCGCACGAACACUGGGAUUUGCCGACGCCUCCGGAUAUGGUUACCUUUAGCAAGAAGGCGCAGACGGCGGGGUAUUACUUUGGGAAUCCGGAGCUGAGGCCGAACAAGCCGUAUAGGCAGUUUAAUACUUGGAUGGGGGAUCCGGCGAGGGCGUUGCUUUUCAAGGGGAUCAUUGAGGAGAUUGAAAAGUUUGGGCUGGUGGAGCGGACGGCAAAGGUGGGGGAGUAUCUUUAUGGGAAGCUGGAGUGGUUGGGGGAGAAGUAUCCGGGGCAGGUGGAGAAUCUGAGGGGAAAGGGGAUGGGGACGUUUAUUGCGUUUGAUAGCCCGAAGAGGGAUGAGUUUUUGAAGAGGGCGAAGGGGGAGGGGGUGAAUAUUGGGGGGAGCGGGGAGCGGGCGGUGAGGUUGAGGCCGAUGUUGGUGUUUGAGGAGAAGCAUGCUGAUCAGUUGGUUGAGGCGCUGGAGAGGGUGAUUAAGAGUCUGCAGUAG